CGCGCAUGCGCACUGACAGCCCGGCUGGCAUCAACAUGGCGUCGGCGGAAGGAGCCCAGGGGUGAAGUAGCUACCCCGAUAUACCGGUUAUGGCGCGGCUGGCGGAUUACUUCCUGCUCGUGGGCUACGAUCUGACCAAGAGGGGAGGUGGAAUUGGACAGGGACGGAUUCUGCAAAGGUUCCCAGAGAAAGACUGGGAGGAUAACCCCUUCCCGCAGGGCAUAGAGCUGUUCUGUCAGCCCAGUGGAUGGGAGCUGUAUCCAGAGAAGAACCCCCCUACUUUCUUUGUUGCUGUUCUAACCGAUAUCAACUCAGAACGCCAUUACUGCAGCUGCUUCACUUUCUGGGAAGAAUUAGAGAAUAUCCAGUCGCUCAGGGACCAGCGAGAUGGCGACUCAGAGGACAACCUGCCCUUGUCAACUUCAGCUCAGCUCUUUGCGCCUAAGACUCUGGUUCUGGUUUCACGUCUGGAUCAUCCCGAAGUCUUCAGAGACUCCUUGGGUCUAAUUUACACCAUACACACAGAUAGUCUUAGCGUCUCUUUGGAGACGGUCAUUGGAAAUCUGCUAACUUGCUAUGUUCCUGUUGCCGGAGGAUCCCAGAGAACCAUCUCACUGGGAGCAGGGGACCGUCAAGUCAUCCAGACACCCAUCUGUGACUCUCUGCCAAUCAGCAACUGCAGUGUGGCCCAGAUCUUCCGACAGCUUGUUUCACAUACGUUCCCAUCCUUCCCGCACAUUUGCUAGAGGUACUCAGUACACCUACGCCUUUCAUUAUUGGAGUGAAUGCUCUGUUCCGUGCAGAGACCCAGGAACUGCUGGAUGUAAUUAUUGCAGAUCUAGACGGUGGGACCAUUGCAAUCCCAGAAUGUAUUCAGCUACCAUUGCUGCCUGAUCCCCUGAUUCAUCACAUUCAGGAGAGUUUGUCAUUGGUUCUAGACCCAUCACUACAGAUAGCAGACCUGGCUUUCCCACCGUCUUCCAUCACUGCCUCUUCUCUCCGCAUGCAGGACAUGGAGGUGCGCGCUGUUUUUCUGCGUUUGUUUGCUCAGAUCCUGCAAGGUUAUCGCUGCUGUCUGCAACUAAUCAGAGUUCAUCCUGAGCCUGUUAUACGGUUCCACAAGGCCUCUUUCUUGGCUCAGCGAGGGCUGGUGGAGGAUGAUUUUCUUACCAAGGUACUGGAAGGGAUGGCAUUUGCAGGGUUUGUGACCGAGCGUGGGGCUCCGUACAGAGCCCUUGACUUGUUUGAUGAGCUCGUUGCUUAUGAUGUGAAAAAGCUUCAGUAUGAAGAGGGCAGUCAGAAGGCCAUUAUGAAGCAUGUACGGGAGCUGGCAGAGAAACUCUACCGAAAUGAGAACCCCUACCCAGCUGUCAGUAUGCACAAGGUGCAGCGUCCGGCAGAGGGCAGCCUCCAGCGUCCACACAACAGACCCUUCCCACUGCUGGAUGAGAGCAGUAUCCAGUGGAUUAUAGAUCAAGCAGCAGCCAAGAUGCAGAACGCUCCCCCUGCCGUAAGGGUAGAGAAGAAGUGCAUGGUGCCUCCCGGACCACCAAUUGCAGCGAUUGUGGAUCGGAAUGGAGGUGCUCAGGCUAACAGUACGAGGAGACUUGAAGUUGUGAGGAAUUGUAUCUCGUACAUUUUUGAGAACAAGAUGUUGGAAGCAAAGAAGCUGCAUCCAGCCGUUCUGCGGGCCCUGAAGGGGCGAGCCGCUAGACAGUGUCUGACCCAGGAGCUCCACCUUCACGUGCAGCAAAACCGAGCAGUGCUGGACCACCAGCAGUUUGACUUUGUCGUGCGAUUAAUGAACUGCUGCUUACAGGACUGCACGUCACUAGAUGAACACGCCAUCGCCGCUGCGCUGCUGCCCUUGGUCACUGCUUUUUGCAGGAAGUUAAGUCCGGGUAUCACUCAGUUUGCAUACAGCUGUGUUCAGGAACAUCUCGUUUGGACUAAUAUGCAGUUCUGGGAGUCAAUGUUCUAUGGGGAUGUCCAGAAUCACAUCCGGGCGCUAUAUCUAAGCCCAGAAGAAAAUGCUGCUGACUUGGACGGGGAGGAUGAGGAGGAGAGAUCUGCUCUAGAGCUUGCUGCUGAACAAUGUCGCCUGUGGCCCACUUUAACCCGAGAAAAGCAGCUGGAAUUGAUUCAAAAGGAAGAGAGCACAGUGUUCAGCCAGGCCAUUCACUAUGCCAACCGCAUGAGCUACUUGCUCUUACCGCUAGACACCUCUAAAAACCGCUUGCUGAGAGGAGCAGCUGGCCUGGGUGAUACUGAGAGCGUUACCAACAGCUUUAUCACCAAUAGUAUGGCCGGCAGCAUGGCUGAAAGUGCAGACACGGAGAGUGGGUUUGAGGAUUCAGAGAGCUCUGAUGUCGCUCACGCCGUGGUCAGGUUUAUCACUCGUUUUGUGGACAAAGUGUGCACAGAGAGUGGCGUCACAUCUGAGCAUUUGAAGGGGCUUCACACCAUGAUUCCAGAUAUUGUUCAGAUGCACAUAGAGACUCUAGAUGCGGUACACAGAGAGAGCAAGAGGUUGCCCCCCAUCCAGAAGCCCAAACUCCUUCGACCUUCAUUGUUAGUGGGUGAGGACUUAGUGAUGGAGGGACUCCGUGUCUACCUACUGCCAGAUGGACGUGAGGAGGCAUCAGGGGGCUCUCUGGGGGGUCCACCCCUUUUACCUGCUGAAGGCGCCCUCUUCCUUACCACCUACCGAUGCAUUUUCAAGGGCACCCCUGUGGAUCCUUUAGUGGCUGAGCAGUUAGUGAUCCGCUCCUUCCCCAUUGCUUCCCUAACCAAGGAGAAGAAGAUCAGCGUCACAGCCCACCAGGUGGACCAGUACGUGCAAGAGGGCCUGCAACUCCGCUCAUGUACUUUUCAGCUCCUGCGGGUGGCGUUUGAUGAAGAGGUUCCGUCUGAGGUUUCUGAGAUUUUCCGCAAACAUUUGCACAAACUCCGCUUCCCGCAAGACAUACUGGGAACUUUCCCUUUCAACACUGGUCUUAUGCUCCCCCAUAGUACGCAGGUCAGGACCAAAGACAAGAACCCAUCUCUCAACCCCCUCCAUGUCAGUGACGUGUUCCAGAGUCAGCUGUCUGUGGGCUUUUCUCUCGGCCGUUUCCACUCAGACAAAACUCUCUCUAAGAACCUAGUGAAGAAUGCCAAAAAAACGAUUGGGCGACAGUAUGUGACACGCAGAAAGUACAGCCCCCCGUCAUGGGACCCACGCGGAAGCCUGAACUCAUUAGAACAGCAGAGUGAUGAUAUUUCAUUGUCGGAAGAGAUGGAAAGGAGUACAUUGACCACCUCCACCUUGAAGGCCCCUGAGAAGCAGGCCGCAGGGAAUAUGGCAGAGCGUGCUUGCUGCCGAGAUUACCAGCGCAUGGGCCUUGGCACGCUGAGUAACAGUCUUACACGUGCCAAGAAUGAGCCAUUCCGAAUCUCCACUGUCAACCGGAUGUACGCUGUGUGUAACAGUUACCCCGGAUUACUGAUUGUGCCACAGAGUAUCCAGGACAACACUCUGCAGAAGAUUUCUCGCUGCUAUCGGCAGAACCGUUUCCCUGUGGUGUGUUGGCGUAGUCCGCGUAGUAAAGCUGUGCUGCUCCGUUCAGGAGGGCUCCAUAGCAAAGGAGUGGUUGGCCUAUUCAAAUCAGGGAACACUCCCACCACAGGCCAGUCUCAGACAGACUCCACGUCUCUGGAGCAAGAGAAAUAUCUCCAAGCUGUGGUGAACUCGAUGCCUCGCUACGCCGAUGUCAGUGGGCGUAACACACUCAGCGCCUUCCCAUCGGCACAUCUCUAUGAUUCUCCAGACAAGCGACAACCAAAGCUGGGGUCCCUAAUGAAGCAGGUGAUGGGAGGGAAAGAGGACAACCGAGGAGGUCACUCAGUUCAGGGUUUUAAACAUCCCACAAGGUGCAGUGGCUGUGCAGAGCAAGGAAAGUGGGGCAGUAUGCGUGGUACUGGGAGGCUCAGUGCAUACUCAGCGAACGCUGAUGUGGGGACACGGCUUGCAGGAAGGGAGUUCCUAACUCAUCAUCAAAAUGGAGGCCCCUCAGAGAAUGCGCUAGCUCCCCGCCGGGCUGCCUUGUACAUAAUUGGAGAUAAGUCCCAGCUCAAGGGAGUGAAGCAGGAUCCUCUACAGCAAUGGGAGUUAGUCCCUAUUGAGCUUUUUGACGUCAGGCAGGUGAAAGCUAGUUUCAAGAAACUGAUGAAGGCCUGUGUCCCGAGCACUACCCCUUCUGAUCCAAACCUUUCCUUCCUGCGUACUCUGGAGGACUCAGAAUGGCUGUUACAGCUUCACAAGCUCCUCCAGGUCUCUGUGCUAGUUGUAGAAUUACUGGACAGCGGUUCCUCUGUUCUUGUUGGAUUGGAAGAUGGAUGGGACCUCACAACUCAGGUGGUGUCUUUGGUGCAGCUGCUCUCAGACCCUUACUACAGAACUCUAGAAGGAUUCCGCCUGCUCUUGGAAAAGGAGUGGCUCUCGUUUGGUCACAGAUUCAGUCACCGCGGAGCUCAUACAGCAGCCAGCCAGAGCAAUGGCUUCACUCCCAUCUUCCUGCAGUUCCUGGACUGUGUGCAUCAGAUCCACCUGCAGUUCCCCUCAGAGUUUGAGUUUAGUCAGUAUUACCUGAAAUUCUUGGCUUAUCACUAUGUGUCCAACCGGUUCCGCACCUUCCUUCUGGACUCUGACUGUGAAAGGAUUGAAAAGGGAGUCUUGUAUGAGGAGAAGGGAGACCGGCGGAGCCCACAGGUUUGCCGAUCAAUCUGGGAGUACAUGGAACGUCUGCACAAGAAGAAUCCUGUGUUCUAUAAUUACAUGUUCUGCCCUGGGGAUGGAGAGGUCCUGCGCCCAUACAGCUCAUUGUGGGCUCUUAGACUGUGGGAUUAUUACACCCAGGAAGCUCUGAGUGAGGGUCCCUCUUAUGACUGGGAGCUGCUUCAGGAACUGCAACAUGAAGAACAUGAGCGAAAUGACAGCUCUGCCCCACAGACCAAGCGCAAGAUUAUCUGGCCAUCUUAUCACGCCCCUGCACGUAUCCAGCUGGACGCCAUAACCCACCUACUGGAGGAGCUGCAGAACCUGGAAAUGGAUUUGGGUCUGGUUCCUGAGCGCUGGAAAGACUCAUGGGAUAAAAUAAAAGCUGCGCACCGGACUGAGAUUCGUCAUGAAAGCCGGAAAUCUAGCGCAUUGCUGAUGUCAUCAAGCGUCUCUUCUCAGCGCCAUUCGCUGGGUGUGUACCUUCAGGAAAGUGGGGUGGGAUCUACACUAAAUCUCAGUUUGGAAAGUGGGCCGAGUGCAACAAGUACACCUAGUAGUGGAGGCAAACUCGCAGCCAGGAACAGUACCAGCACUUUAUACAGUCAGUUCAAUACUGCUGAGCGAGAGAACAGGUAAGUACCUAUACACUUAUAGAGUACAUGUGACACAGCCACAAGAGAGAUAGCAAGUUACCAACACAUCUCACAGCAUGAUGCGCCAACACGUCCCACAGCAUGA